UGUCAGAUGAUGUAAAACAACAGCAACAAGAAUGAAGCCAAUAUCAGUGAUAAUGACCAUUUUAUUGGUCAAUUUGACCAUAAUGAUCGAAUUGAAUUGGACAGAAACAAUGGACAAUCAUACUACUAUGCCGAUGAUAUGGAUACAUUGGUCUGGUUGUAUAAAUUCUGGCCAAUGUUAUUCUGAAUGUAGAUUAUCUGGUAAACAAAGUGGCCAAUGCAGAACAUGUGAUUGUGAUACUUGUGGACAUUUUAAAAUUAUGCGAUGUGUUUGCGAUCGAUUUAUAAUACCAUGGUCGGUUUAUAAUGAUCCAGAAAUGGAUCCAGUCCGGAACACAACGACAACCAAAAAGAUGUAUGUACAAGCUGUUGAUGAUGAAUAUUAUACCGAAAAUCGUCCGGAAAUAUGUGAAGAAUCACGUUGUAUUCAUAUUUGUCAUAUAAAAGGUUUUCAAGGUGGUUUAUGUCAUAUUUGUCAUUGUAAAGAUUGUUUAAAACUACUACGUAAACAAUGUCAUUGUUUUUGA